AAUAAAAAAGAACUCAUGCAACCGCAAUCUCUCUAUGACAAAAACCAUGUACCGCCGAACCAAAGGCACAUCGAAGGCGAAGGAUAAGUCCAAGUCACUCGCCGGACAAGGAUUCGGGAAGGGGAAGAACCCAAUUCCAACCCAAUCGACGAAGCUCCGAGAGAAGAAGAAAGAAAAAAAGGCGGUUGUUAAAGACUCUCCGACGAUUCACCUCAAGAAUGUAAAGGCUGCUGCAGACUUACUGGCUCAAAUCCAACUAGAGGAGAAGAGUACUAGCCCAGCUUUGUUCAAGGAGGACAAAAUUCCCAAAUGCAUAGUCGAGCCACGCAUAGUUUCCGAAUUGCCAUCUAGUUGUCCAAUAUGCACUAAGUUGGGCCACGCUCCUGAACACUGUCCAUGGAGGAGACGUCUCCCCUUCGGCGUAACUCAAGUUGGCAAGGGCUAUGAAAUAUACGGGCGGCGUGUUAAUAUCCUUUGGUGUUCCUUUUGUGAUGAGAUUGGUCACAGGACUUCAGAAUGCCCGGAGCCGAACAAAAAGAUCGAAAAAACUAGAUUAUGGGAAGAGUUCUUCUUCCCUGAAGAUAAGGACAAUUAGGGUCCUCCCAGUCCUACCCUUUUGAGCAAUGAUAUAUCAUCCUUCUGAUUUAUCAUUCGUUUCAGCGCGCUAUAUUACAUGUUCUUAUGGAUUUAUGUCUGACUUGGAAUACUUAAGCUAGAUAGCUCAAUCGUUGCCAUUCGUGGCUGGCAGAUAUACAUGGUAGAGUUUUCUGUGUUUAAUAUGGAUUUGCUUUACUUGUACUCCUGCUUUUGGGAUAUUAUUUUAUGCAGUGCCUAUUAAUUUGGGUCGACCCUUUUGCUUUGA